AGCUUAAUCUCAGACGAUCUCCAGGUCUAUUUAGUGAACACUGGGUACACCCGGACACCGUUAAGUAUCAGUGGUGUUUGCACUCUCGGUGGUUUGCAGACUGGCCACACCUUACCUACAGUGUCUGUAUCAGGAACACGUGUCCUGUCUGUUAGCACUAGAAAUUAUGGACACGUGUUGGAUGGAAUGUCAAUGGUGUAGCCAGGUCUCUUAUUUUCCACACUUAGAAGUCAGGGCUCUGAGAACUCAGGCCAAGUAAAAAAUAUUAAAACGGAGAAACAAAACAUGCGGUGGUACAAAAGGCACUGGAAGCUGGGUCAUUUGCCCCUCACCAUUCAGCCCUUCCCACCAAAAGAUCCUACUGCGCAGCUCAACGUAGCUCGCAGUCUAGUAUCGCAGGAUUUUAAUGUGCAACAAUUCGCAAGCUGUUCAAGGCAGACUGCGCCUCGGCCGCUGCACCUUCCCGGUGACGAGGAGAAAUAGCGGCUCCGGUCUCGGCCUCAGCCUCCUCCAGUUCCCCGGGCCCGGAGCCGACUGACACGGUGCGGUGCCCACUCUCUCGCGAGACCAGCGGUCGGGGCGAGCGGAGCGAACCUCCCGGAAGUGGGCCAGCGGACGGUCCGCUCCCACCUGGGGCGAGUGUGCGCAAGGCCUGGUGGGGUCCUGGGUGUGCCCCGGAUCCUGCGCGAGGCUGAGUCGCCAAGACGCUGCCUGUUCCUCACGCAGCCGCCUCGGGCCUGCCCCGGCCGCCGCCGCCCCUCCCUUUGCCCUUCACGGCGUCCGGCCCUCCCUCGGCUGCGGCUUCUGUGCGCCGCUGUGUAGCCAGUCUUUCCCCUUCUCCUUCUCCCGGUCCCCUCCCCCGACCCCAGCACUGGAGUCGCGGGUCCCGCAGUGCCCAAGAAGCCGCACGUCUAACUUGCUCGGCGGAUAACUCAUUCAACUGUGGAGUUCUUUUAAUUCUUCUGAAAGGUUUCAAAUUCUCUAGAAGCCAAAAUGGGGCACAGUAAACAGAUUCGAAUUUUACUUCUGAACGAAAUGGAGAAGCUGGAAAAGACCCUCUUCAGACUUGAACAAGGGUUUGAACUACAGUUCCGAUUAGGCCCAACUUUACAGGGAAAAGCAGUUACCGUGUAUACAAAUUACCCAUUUCCUGGAGAAACAUUUAAUAGAGAAAAAUUCCGUUCUCUGGAUUGGGAAAAUCCAACAGAAAGAGAAGAUGAUUCUGAUAAAUACUGUAAACUUAAUCUGCAACAAUCUGGUUCAUUUCAGUAUUAUUUCCUUCAAGGAAAUGAGAAAAGUGGCGGAGGUUACAUAGUUGUGGACCCCAUUUUACGUGUUGGUGCUGAUAAUCGUAUGCUACCCUUGGACUGUGUUACUCUUCAGACAUUUUUAGCUAAGUGUUUGGGACCUUUUGAUGAAUGGGAAAGCAGACUUAGGGUUGCAAAAGAAUCAGGUUACAACAUGAUUCAUUUUACCCCACUGCAGACUCUUGGACUAUCUAGGUCAUGCUACUCCCUUGCCAAUCAGUUAGAAUUAAAUCCUGACUUUUCAAGACCUAAUAGAAAGUAUACCUGGAACGAUGUUGGACAGCUAGUGGAAAAAUUAAAAAAGGAAUGGAAUAUUCUUUGUAUUACCGAUGUUGUCUACAAUCAUACUGCUGCUAAUAGUAAAUGGAUCCAGGAACAUCCAGAAUGUGCCUAUAAUCUUGUGAAUUCUCCACACUUAAAACCUGCCUGGAUCUUAGACAGAGCACUUUGGCAUUUCUCCCUUGAUGUUGCAGAAGGGAAAUACAAAGAAAAAGGAAUACCUGCUUUGAUUGAAAAUGAUCAUCACAUGAAUUCCAUCCGAAAGAUAAUUUGGGAAGAUAUUUUUCCGAAGCUUAAACUCUGGGAAUUUUUCCAAGUAGAUAUCAACAAAGCAGUUGAGCAAUUUAGAAGACUUCUUACACAAGGAAAUAGGAGAGUAACCAAGUCUGAUCCAAACCAACAUCUUAAGAUUAUUCAAGAUCCUGAAUACAGACGGUUUGGCUGUACUGUAGAUAUGAACAUUGCACUAGCGACUUUUAUACCACAUGACAAUGGGCCAGCAGCAAUUGAAGAAUGCUGUAAUUGGUUUCGUAAGAGAAUUGAGGAAUUAAAUUCAGAGAGGCAUCAACUCAUUAACUAUCAUCAGGAACAGGCAGUUAACUGUCUUUUGGGAAAUGUGUUUUAUGAACGACUGGCUGGCCAUGGUCCAAAACUAGGAGCUGUCACUAGAAAGCAUCCGUUAGUUACCAGAUAUUUUACUUUCCCAUUUGAAGAAAUGGACUUCUCCAUGGAAGAAUCUAUGAUUCAUCUCCCAAAUAAAGCUUGUUUUCUGAUGGCCCACAAUGGAUGGGUAAUGGGAGAUGAUCCUCUUCGAAACUUUGCUGAACCAGGUUCAGACGUUUACUUGAGGAGAGAACUUAUUUGCUGGGGAGACAGUGUUAAAUUACGCUAUGGGAAUAAACCGGAGGACUGUCCUUAUCUCUGGGCACACAUGAAAAAAUACACUGAAAUAACUGCAACUUAUUUCCAGGGAGUACGUCUUGAUAACUGCCACUCAACACCUCUUCAUGUAGCUGAGUACAUGUUGGAUGCUGCUAGGAAUUUGCAACCCAAUUUAUAUGUAGUAGCUGAACUGUUCACAGGAAGUGAAGAUCUGGACAAUAUCUUUGUUACUAGACUGGGCAUUAGUUCCUUAAUAAGAGAGGCAAUGAGUGCAUAUAAUAGUCAUGAAGAGGGCAGAUUAGUUUACCGAUAUGGAGGAGAACCUGUUGGAUCCUUUGUUCAGCCCUGUUUGAGGCCUUUAAUGCCAGCUAUUGCACAUGCCCUAUUUAUGGAUAUUACCCAUGAUAAUGAGUGUCCAAUUGUGCAUAGAUCAGUGUAUGAUGCUCUUCCAAGUACUACAAUUGUUUCUAUGGCAUGUUGUGCUAGUGGAAGUACAAGAGGCUAUGAUGAAUUAGUGCCUCAUCAGAUUUCAGUGGUUUCUGAAGAACGUUUUUACACUAAAUGGAAUCCUGAAGCAUUGCCUUCAAAUCCAGGUGAAGUUAAUUUCCAAAGCGGAAUUAUUGCAGCCAGGUGUGCUAUCAAUAAACUUCAUCAGGAGCUUGGAGCCAAGGGUUUUAUUCAGGUGUACGUGGAUCAAGUUGAUGAAGACAUUGUGGCAGUAACAAGACACUCACCUAGCAUCCAUCAGUCUGUUGUGGCUGUAUCUAGAACUGCUUUCAGGAAUCCCAAGACUUCAUUUUAUAGCAAGGAAGUGCCUCAAAUGUGCAUCCCUGGCAAAAUUGAAGAAGUAGUUCUUGAAGCUAGAACUAUUGAGAGAAAUGUGAAACCUUAUAGGAAGGAUGAGAAUUCAAUCAAUGGAAUGCCAGAUAUCACAGUAGAAAUUAGAGAACAUAUUCAGCUUAAUGAAAGUAAAAUUGUUAAACAAGCUGGAGUUGCCACAAAAGGGCCCAAUGAAUAUAUUCAAGAAAUAGAAUUUGAAAACUUGUCUCCAGGGAGUGUUAUUAUAUUCAGAGUUAGUCUUGAUCCACAUGCACAAGUUGCUGUUGGAAUUCUUCGAAAUCAUCUGACACAAUUCAGUCCUCACUUUAAAUCCGGGAGCCUAGCUGUUGACAAUUCAGACCCUAUAUUAAAAAUUCCUUUUGCUUCUAUUGCCUCCAAAUUAACUUUGGCUGAGCUAAAUCAGAUCCUUUACCGAUGUGAAUCAGAAGAACAGGAAGACGGUGGAGGGUGCUAUGACAUACCAAACUGGUCAGCCCUUAAAUAUGCAGGUCUUCAAGGUUUAAUGUCUGUAUUGGCAGAAAUAAGACCAAAGAAUGACUUGGGGCAUCCUUUUUGUAAUAAUUUGAGAUCUGGAGAUUGGAUGAUUGACUAUGUCUGUAACCGGCUUAUUUCACGAUCAGGAACUAUUGCUGAAGUUGGGAAAUGGUUGCAGGCUAUGUUCUUCUACCUGAAGCAGAUCCCACGUUAUCUUAUCCCAUGUUACUUUGAUGCUAUAUUAAUUGGUGCAUAUACCACUCUUCUGGAUAUAGCAUGGAAGCAGAUGUCAAGCUUUGUUCAGAAUGGUUCAACUUUUGUGAAACACCUUUCAUUGGGUUCAGUUCAAAUGUGUGGAGUAGGAAAAUUCCCUUGCCUGCCAAUUCUUUCACCUGCACUUAUGGAUGUACCUUAUAGGCUAAAUGAGAUCACAAAAGAAAAGGAGCAAUGCUGUGUUUCUCUAGCUGCAGGCUUACCUCAUUUUUCUUCUGGUAUUUUCCGCUGCUGGGGAAGAGAUACUUUUAUUGCACUUAGAGGUAUACUGCUGAUUACUGGACGCUAUGUAGAAGCCAGGAAUAUUAUUUUAGCAUUUGCUGGUACCCUGAGGCAUGGUCUCAUUCCUAAUCUCCUGGGUGAAGGAACUUAUGCCAGAUACAAUUGUCGGGAUGCUGUGUGGUGGUGGCUACAGUGUAUCCAGGAUUACUGUAAAAUGGUUCCAAAUGGUCUAGACAUUCUCAAAUGUCCAGUUUCCAGAAUGUAUCCUACAGAUGAUUCUGCUCCUUUGCCUGCUGGCACACUGGAUCAACCAUUGUUUGAAGUAAUACAGGAAGCUGUGCAAAGACACAUGCAAGGCAUACAGUUCCGAGAAAGGAACGCUGGUCCCCAGAUAGAUCGAAACAUGAAGGACGAAGGUUUUAAUAUAACAGCAGGAGUUGAUGAAGAAACAGGAUUUGUUUAUGGAGGAAAUCGUUUCAAUUGUGGCACAUGGAUGGAUAAAAUGGGAGAAAGUGACAGAGCUAGAAACAGAGGAAUCCCAGCCACACCAAGAGAUGGGUCUGCUGUGGAAAUUGUGGGUCUGAGUAAAUCUGCUGCUCGUUGGUUGCUGGAAUUAUCAAAAAAAAAUAUUUUCCCUUAUCAUGAAGUUACAGUAAAAAGACAUGGAAAGGUUGUAAAGGUCUCAUAUGAUGAGUGGAACAGAAAAAUACAAGACAACUUUGAAAAGCUGUUUCAUGUUUCAGAAGACCCUUCAGAUUUAAAUGAAAAGCAUCCAAAUCUGAUUCACAAACGUGGCAUAUACAAAGAUAGUUAUGGAGCUUCAAGUCCUUGGUGUGACUAUCAGCUCAGGCCUAAUUUUACCAUAGCAAUGGUUGUGGCCCCUGAGCUCUUUACUACAGAAAAAGCAUGGAAAGCUUUGGAGAUUGCAGAAAAAAAGUUGCUUGGUCCUCUUGGCAUGAAAACUUUAGAUCCAGAUGAUAUGGUUUACUGUGGAAUUUAUGACAAUGCAUUAGACAAUGACAACUACAAUCUUGCUAAAGGUUUCAAUUAUCACCAAGGACCUGAGUGGUUGUGGCCUAUUGGGUAUUUUCUUCGUGCAAAAUUAUAUUUUUCCAGAUUGAUGGGCCCAGAGACUACUGCAAAGACUAUAGUUUUGGUUAAAAAUGUUCUUUCCCGACAUUAUGUUCAUCUUGAGAGCUGCUUUGUAGUGUUCCUGGAUUCUCAGUUCAACUCAAGGAAGUCUGCCAGGCUCCACCUGUGUUCCCCCUCUCUGUGCCAAAUCCUGGAAACUCUCAAGGCAGUCAGAUCCCCUUGGAAAGGACUUCCAGAACUGACUAAUGAGAAUGCCCAAUACUGUCCUUUCAGCUGUGAAACACAAGCCUGGUCAAUUGCUACUAUUCUUGAGACACUAUACGAUUUAUAGUUGAUUACAGAUAUUAUGUAUGCCAUUACUCGUAUUAUAGAAUGCAAGGUCAUCAUAUGUAAAUGCUUUAUAUGCACAGGCUCAAGUCAUUUUAAAAAUCUCAUUUAUUAUAAUAUUGAUGCUCAAUUAGGGAAGCUUGUAAAAGCAUUGUUUUUUUUUUAAUAUACAGAAGUAGGUUUCAAUUUGAAUCAGGAAGAAAUAUAAUUCUUCAAAUGCCUAGAAAUCUAGAGUUUGAAAAAGAAAAAUCAUGUAAUCUUGUAUUUUUACAUAUAUGAAAACAUAAUGAAAGAAAUGGAGAGAUAGCUUUUAAUUGUGGCAUAUAUAAUCUUCAGUAACAUACUGAAUAGGCUGUGGUUCAUUAAUGUUAUCAACAUUUACUACAAUAUUCUUAAUACAAUGCUCACUGCAUUUAAUAAGUAUUUAAUAAAUGGUGAAUGAUAGAAGUUUCCACCUACAAUAGGUGUUCGUAAGUGGAGCACAGAUGUUCAAACUAUGCUUUCAUUUUUUUCACUGUUAUAUUAAUUUUUGUGUAAUAUAAUGAAUGCCAGCAGUGUAUUUUAUGUGAUUUACUUAUAUGGGGAAACAUGCAAAGCAUUAGGAAAUUCAUUUCCUAAAACAGUUUAUAAAAUUAGUAUUGAGUUCCAGUUUACUAUUAUAAAAUAGCUUACAUUUUCAAAAUGGAUAUUGUUGGUCAUAUUUGUAGAACAUUGAAGAAAAAAGAAUGUUAUAUUAGUUUUCUAAAACUCAACUAUCUUUAGUUCAUGUACAAAAAUUUAUUGCUAGAUCAUAAGAGAUACUGAUUUCCUAUUAACUCAAAACCUACAUUGACAUGUUUAACAUUGAGAAGAAUCUUAAUAAAAUAUGGAUAUGAAUUCAGUAGAUAUUUUAGAUUCAAUAAAAUCAUUGGAAGUUUUUCAUGUUAAUUUAUUUUAAGAUACCUUAAAAAUCUCAAAGUCAUAAAAGGAAAAAGGAUUAUAACAUUUACAUGAGUUAAUAUUUUUUAAUAGAACUUGUUUCCUAGAUAGAAUUUUUUUACUGUUUUUGUCUUAAGAAAACACUUAAAUUUGAUCAUUAUGCAUUCAGUUGGAAGAAGUAGUUGCAAGAAUUCUUUCAUUGCUAUAUAAUAUUCAUGGCUCAUUUAUAGCUAAUAAAAGAAUGCUACUUUAAAAGUAGCACUUUUUUUUAGUUAGUUUAGAGGUCACAUACCCAAAACCUUAACUAUGACUAACAAAUAAAACUAAGGAAGGAAACCAGCAAACUAAAAUUUCUGGACAACAAAAACACAUAAAUGCCUCAGAUGUCAAAUAGUCAUGCUUGAAAGCUACAUAAAUGCCUCAGAUGUCAAAUACUCAUGCUUGAAAGCUACAUAAAUGCCUCAGAUGUCAAAUACUCAUGCUUGAAAGCUACAUAAAUGCCUCAGAUGUCAAAUACUCAUGCUUGAAAGCUACAUAAAUGCCUCAGAUGUCAAAUACUCAUGCUUGAAAGCUACAUAAAUGCCUCAGAUGUCAAAUACUCAUGCUUGAAAGCUCAUGUAAUUUAAGAUUGUCUGCCUGCUCUUCUUCAAAGCUGAUUUUGCUUUAGAAAUAGUUUUAACUAGCUUAGGUUUUUGGUUUCCAAAACUAAAGCAGAUUAAAUCCUACAGAUUUAAGGUCAGUUGUGACAGUAAUCUGACCACUAUCUGUAAACACAUUGGUUUCCAAAUUUCCUUUUCUUUUUCAGUUCCUUCCUAGCUCAAUGUAUAACCUUUUCUAAACUGUGCAAGUAAAAGCAAUGACUUUCCUUGAGAGAACCAUUCAUCAAAGGUUUAUGUAGUUUUGUUGUUCUACCCUAAUUUUGAUAUUAAGGGAGGUAAGAAAGGUGACAGAAAAACAGCAUAUUUAACCAAAGCCAGAAGUAAUGACUGACAGUUAAAUGUGACCAAAAAAAAAUGUAAAGUUCAGAAUUUUUUUAAUCUAGCCAUUUUGGGUUAUCUCUAGUAAGACAAAUACCCAUGUUGGUAAAUUUUUAGGAUAUUGUGUUGCACUAGAAAACUAAGUGGUUCAUAUUCCUAAUGAAUAUUAAUGAAAGAACAUUGUUAUAUUCUGCAUGGUAUAUUUUAAAGUUUAAGAAAGCAUGUUAAACAUUAUUUCCUCUAUAAUAGUUAAAAUACAGAAUUAGAUUUUUAAAAGGUGUCAUUUGACUAAAGAAUAUUUAGGUAGAAUGCUUCAUACUUGAGUGAUGCUGGAUAAGGAUUUCAGCAAUGGACUAUGCCUCGGUUUUUCACUAAUCAAAAUCAAAAUUACUCUUUAACAUGAGAAAUGAAUUUGCCAGUUUAGUAUGCUGUGGUAUUUUAAAAAGUUUUCAAAGAUAAUUGGGAAAACAUGAAACUGGUCAUGUUUAUGAAUAUUGUAACAUGUGAAUGAUAAUCCAUUUCUGAUAUGUCUUGAACUACUCUGUCUAGUGGGCAAAUGUCAUUGUUAUCUUUGUGUGUUAAGAAAAUAAAAAUAUUUUCUAAAGGUC